AUGCAUUGGUGCACAUUUAUGGACGCCGGCGCCGAAGAGCCAGAUGAAAGAAAGCUGCCUGAGCCUUUUUGCAGGCAGACCUGCUCGAGCCGCUUGAGUUCUGAUUUUCAGGGCCUGCAGUUUGAUGUCGCUUUCGACCUCUUCGCCAUGCACAAGGCUGCCCUGAAGGGGGACAUGCGGACCUAUGAGAUCCUGGCCAAUGGUCGACUUCGACGUCUGCUGAAGCAGGGCGUGCAGUGCGGUGAGCCUGAUGCCGUGCUCCGCGCCUUCUGGGGCGCAGCGCAUGAGCUGCUGGAAGUGCACAAGACCAAGCUGUGCGCCAACCCCAAGUUCGACAACCGAGCAGCCUGGCGCAGUGUCCUCAACUCGCGGUCGGAGUUGACAACCCGGGGCAAAUCAAAGUACACGAGAGGGAACUAG